AUGUCUAACGCUUUGUUCUCUUCAUAUCUAUCACAAGUUUCCGAAGCGAACCUAAAGCAAUUAAAAGAACUGUCUAUUGACUGGGCUCUUUCACAUGGCGCAAUCAUUCGUCCACCUGCAGACAUUGCCUUAGCAAAUAAUUCUUCUGUAAUUCAUGCGCCACUAGCUUUAUUCCCUUCCCCGUUUCCAAAAAAGGCCUUUGAACAUGGUUUACUGCUACAACCUUUAUUUAACCUUCUUUUUCAUAGAUUAAGCAAAGAUGAGGAUUUUAUAAAAGAGAUUAUGAAUGAAUCCGAUUAUCUUUUACAUCUUCCUCCUGGCGCUAAUGAACCGAAAAUCUUGCAAGUGGAGUACAAUACUAUAGCUAGUUCUUUCUCAUCUUUAUCUAGUUUGGCCACAGAUAUGCAUAGGUACCUGCUGAAGGCUACCAAUUACUUUGAUUCAUCACCCAUCAUUAAAGAAGAAUCAUUACCGCAAAAUGAAGCCUUGGAUAGAUUGGCAAAAGGUAUUGCGAAAGCACAUGAACUAUACGGAUCGCAAAAUGCCAUAGUAAUAAUGAUUGUUCAACCAAAGGAGCGCAAUGCCUUUGAUCAACGUUGGAUCGAAUACAAGUUAUUUGAAAAUCAUAAUAUCCGAAUGAUUCGCAAAACUAUGGCAGAAAUUGGACAAGAAGGAAGAUUAGAUCCAGAAACCAAAGCUUUAUAUAUUGAUGGUAAAGAAAUUUCGGUUUCAUAUUUUCGUUCAGCUUACAGUCCGGCAGACUUUCCCACCCAAAAGGAAUGGGAUACUAGAUUAUUAAUUGAACGCUCUAGAUCUAUUAAAUGUCCUACUGUGACAUAUCAGCUCGUGGGCUCAAAGAAGGUUCAACAAAUAUUGGCAAAUCCAAGCGUUCUUGAACGGUACAUAACCAAUAAAUCAGAUUUGCAAAACCUGCGUUCUUGUUUUGCAGGACUCUAUCCUCUUGACGCUUCUCCCGAAGGUGAAGCGGCUGUAAAACUAGCCUUAAAACACCCUGAACAGUAUGUUAUGAAACCGCAACGUGAGGGAGGUGGAAACAACGUUUAUUCCACCGAUAUUCCUAAAUUUAUUUCUGAACUUUCGUUAUCCAAACGCUCUACCUAUAUAUUGAUGGACCUUAUUCAGCCGCCCUUGUCUCGUAAUUUUCUUCUAAGACAGGGUGAGCUUAUUGAAGGGGAAAUGGUUUCGGAGCUGGGUAUUUUUGGGGUGUGCAUAGGAACAAGUAAUGAUUUCGAAAACGAUGUCCUUGUGAAUGAAAUUGCUGGGCACUUGUUGAGAACUAAAACUAGAGAAACAAACGAAGGUGGUGUAGCAAGUGGAUUCUCUGUAAUUGAUUCACCCCUUUUAAUUUAA